GCAGACCAUUGAAGUUCCUGGGACGCGUAAAGAUGGGCAAACAGGCAUUUUAAGACAUCCACUCACACCUGACGGAUUAAUUUCUCAACCAUGGCCAGAAGUGGGCACGAUCUUCGAGGCAUUUCAAUACUCAUUCCAACGCUUUCCUAACCGACCAUUUCUUGGACAUCGCCCAUUCGAUAAAUCGACCAAAAAAUAUGGUGAUUAUGUUUGGCAAACUUAUUCUCAAAUCAAUGAACGUAUAAAUGAGCUUGGAAGUGGAAUUUGCUUUGUUCUUAAAAAAGAACUCGGGUUCAAAAAGAUUGUUGGCUCUACUUUGGGUGUUUGGUCUCUUAAUCGUCCUGAGUAUCAUAUCGUCAACCAAGCUGCUGCCGCGUUUAACUUUAUAACUGUUCCACUUUACGAGACACUCGGUCCUGACACAGUGAGGUACUGUGUGAAUCAUGCAGAAGUCCAUACGUUAGUUUUAUCGGCAAAUCACAUUCGUGACUUAUUGAAAAUAUGUUCGGAAAUUCCAAAAGUAAAAUUAUUAAUUUCGAUGGAUCCUCUGGAAGACAUAAAUUUAAAGAAUGAGGCCAAAAAAUAUAAUUUAACUCUUUACGAAUUCAACGAAAUUGAAUUCUUAGGCCGAGAACAUCCAUAUCCGCACAACCCACCUAAACCAAAAGAUCAUUCAACAAUUAUGUAUACAUCUGGAACAACAGGUCUUCCAAAGGGAGUCAUAUUGACGCAUGAGAAUUUCACCUCGACAAUGGCCAGUUACAUAACAGCGUUUCAAAUUACUCAGGAUGAUGUAUUAAUUUCUUAUAUGCCAUUGCCACAUAUAUUUGGUCGAGGCCUAGAAGAAAUCUUUGUCGCCGCUGGUGGAAGUAUUGGUUAUUUCCACGGAAAUCCAAAUGAAUUACUUCUGGAUGCUCAAGUUUUAAAGCCAACUGUGUUCCCAGCUGUCCCAAGGAUAUGGAAUAAAGUUUAUCGUUCAUUAGUCGCCGUAACAAUCGAAGCACCUGGUGAGGUGGGUGAAAUAUCGAGGGUGGCUGUAGCAGAAAAACUAAAAAAUCUUGAAGAGACAGGUGAACUGAAACAUCCUAUAUGGGACGAGAAAGUCUUUAAAAAGUGUCGAUUGGCAAUUGGAGGGCGAGCUCGAUUGCUUAUAACUGGUGCAGCACCAAUUGGCAUAAAUAUAUUGCAAUUUCUGAGAAUUGCUUUUUCCGCUAUAAUUAUAGAGGGAUAUGGUCAAACCGAAAAUACUUCACUUACCGCUGCAACACUUUAUGGAGAUAAUAAUAAGGCCGGUAGCGUUGGCAUACCUCAGAUAAGUAAUGAAAUUAAGCUUGUUGAUGUGCCUGAGAUGCAAUACACCAGUAAAGACAAACCAUAUCCACGUGGUGAAGUAUGCGUGAGAGGACCUAAUAUUAUGGCUGGGUAUUAUAAAGACGAGGUAAAGACCAGAGAAACGAUCGAUGAGGAAGGGUGGCUUCAUAGUGGUGACAUUGGCCAAAUAGAUGAUCGAGGACGAAUUAUACUCAUAGAUCGGAUAAAACAUAUUUUUAAAUUGUCUCAAGGGGAAUACAUUGCUCCAGAAAAAAUCGAGCAAAUAUAUCUUCAAGUUUCUUUAAUAGCCCAAUUAUAUGUGCAUGGAGAUUCAGUAAGAACCUUUCUUGUUGGUAUAACAGUGCCAAACGUGGAACUAUUCAUACCAUGGGCUCAAAAAGUUCUCGGCGGCGGAGAAAAUAAAACUUUACAAGAACUCACAAAUAAUAAGCAGGUUCGAAAAGCUCUUGUAUGUCAUCUGAAUGAGGUUGGUAAAAAAGCAGGAUUAAAAGGAUUCGAACAAAUUAAGGCUAUUUUUAUUGACACUGUUCCUUUCUCCGUCGAGAAUAAUUUGCUGACACCAACUCUUAAGAUUAAACGUAAAAUGGCUGGAGAGAAAUAUCGUAAAGAAAUUGAUCAAUUGUAUGCUGAAUUUGAAGAUAAAAAUUCUGUUGUCUCUAGACU